UGAAUUAGAAAAUAUUAGUUCUUUCCUCUCAUCUUCUUCUCUGUUUUAAUACAUACAAACAUAUAAUGAAGAGAUCAGCACUUCUACUGGUCUGAAGUGUUGCAGCCCAGCAACGUUUUUAUUACAUAAUAGAUCAUAUUUUACUUAUUUCACAAUCUCUGCAGGGUCACAUUCUAGCAUGCAUUUAUAUUGUUCAUUUCUGCUGGAGCCUCAGCAGAAGGUGGUGGUGGGUGAUUAAGUUAACUUAUUCUUUUUUCCAGAACAGCAAACUGGUUGGUGUGGAAAUGACAGUGACAACAACAAAGCUGCUGGGCAAUUGGUCUCAUAUCCAGGCUGAAUGAACUAUUUACCAUAACAGUCCAGACUAAACUGUUGAAGCAGACUUCCUCUGUUAAGAAAAGAAGAUGGAAAAAGCAGUAAGAAGAUAUAUCAGAAGCCCCUGGCCUCUUGCUGUCCUUCCAGCUGACACCUGUGUGGUAUAACCAGGCCAUUAACCCUGGUCUGGGAUCCAGCAGACCAGAUAUGGAUUUGAUGGGUCUGGUCCGAUGCUGGCUCAAAGGGCCUUAGCUCAGUCUGAAAAGACUGGAUGUUUGGCAUGGAAACUCCACAGUGACAGCUGGCAGAUCAAAUGGACCUGUCCACCCCAACCUGUUGUCAGCAACUCAUUUGAGCCCUGUAGCCAAUGUUGGCUGUAUGGCAGAGUAAGCUGGCAAAUUCAGAAACGUGGUUCCAAUUCCCAGUAGAGAUAACAGCAGCUGGAUGUCUUCCAGGAACUGAAGAAAUGCAGGAACCUCCAGGGACUCUCAGCAACUGAUGCCAGACUUCAGCUGAUAAACGACCAGACAAGCCAAGUCUCCCGAAAUGCUUUAUUUACAGUACUAUAAUACAGAUCUCUCAAACGAAUACCAAACUCCUACUACAACCCACAAGCAAUUACUGGAAGCCCCUGAGUUUAUAUACCCUUCAGACUAUGUGGUCUCCCAAACUCAGUGAGUUCCUGUGCAAUCCAGUCAGAUGUUUCAUCAUCCAGACGCCAAAGGGAUUAAUUUCUACUCAAGCAAGCAGAUGUAUAAUGAAGAACAUGCCUGUGAAUUAAAACUGGAUUCCUUGAUUCAAAAUGUUAAUAAAUUUAAUAGCAGCUAUUUUUGUGUCAAAAAGCAGAGAUUCCUCUUUAUAUAUUCUAGUAAGGAGACUAUUUGAGCUGGGCUUCAGUCAUGAAUCUCCCGCCAAGAUCUUCAUGGGAAAAGUCACCUGCUGUUGUGUAAUUAAAUAGACCACCCCUAACAGAUAGGCUGUGAUAUGAUGAGACCUAGCAAAACAACAUUGGUAUUUUCAGCCUCUCUUGACACAAGGAGGAAUUACUUACUCAACUUGGUUUUGUCAAAGAGCACCACUACAGCAGAAGAACAAAUCAUCCAUUUGUACAUGUCACAUAAACCUUUCCUUAAAGACUAUUCCACCAUCAGUGUGGUGUAGAAUCAUGUCAGGCUCUGAAUCAUCUGCCAUUAAGAGUACUCCUUGUUUUUUGUCAACAUUGUCAUCUACAUCUGUGCCAGAAAAUGAAGAUGUCACACUCUCCUGCAAGAUCUCUGGCAAUCCGAAACCAGAGGUAACCUGGUACCAGAAUGGACAAGAUAUCAAUGAACAAAGAGAUAUUUCCAACUAUGAAAUACUGGAGGAUAAUGUAAACCAUGUCUUACAUUUAUUUGGGUGCACAGAGCAACAAGCUGGAGUUUAUCAGAUUGUGGCUAGGAACUGUUUUGGAAUGGCUCAGUCUUCAGCUUUUCUUAAAGUGACUCCUGGGGACAAAUCUGAACUUUAUCCAACAUCACACUAUAAUCCUAAAGAUGAUGCAGAAACUUGCAAAACAAAUGAAGGGACUCUAUCUCAGCAGAAAAACUCAAGUGAAAGUAUGAUGAAUAAAGAAGAUUCAGCAGAAAAAAGCAAUUCAUUCUUUGAGUGUUUUCUCUCUUUAGAUUUGCCAGAACCUCCAGCACCAGAAUCCAGUGGUUUGUACAGAGACUCAGAGCUAGAAACAAUAGCUUUCUGUACACUGGAAUCUGAAAGUCAGCAGAAAAAUAUUCACUGUUCAGAAGACAAACUGGAGCCCACGAAUGUAUCAGAUCUAAAGCAAAAUAAUUAUAGGACUUUGGAUGUGUCCCAAAUCACAUCUGAUCUCUUUUAUGAUGAGAUGGCUAUGAAUGUUAGUGAAGGUGAGGCAAAUGAAUUCAACAGAUCACAAGUGGAUGCCAAACCAGCAGGUCAAAUAAGUGAUCACACAGACAGCUGUUGCUUUAAUGCUGAAGUCUUAGCUGCUUGUCAGAUAAGAGAAUAUGCCAAGACACAUGAAAAGAAUAGCCUGAGUAAAUGUCUGGAAAAAGGCACACUGUCCGGGAAUCACACAAGUGCUCUUGGAGAAAAUCAGUCCUGUUUUGUGGAGAGUCCCACUAUAAAUGUUCAGAAUAAUACUGAGUUGCAACUAGACAGAAGCUUUAUUACAGUGGAUGAAGAUGAGCAUGAAGAUGAUCACCUUGAAUAUUUUGAAUAUUCCGAUGUGAUGACAGAGGAGACAUGCCAGGACUGGGAAGAGAAGCUGAAAUUCCUCUUGGAAAGUGAUGGGGAGGAGAAUGAGUUCAUACCGGGUAGUGAUUGUGACGGCUGUGCUUACUUCCUUGGUGAAAUGCCUCGCCUGUUUCAAGUGUCAGAUAACACUGUGCCUAUGGAUGCCACCAUUGGCUUCUGUGGUCAUCAGUCAAAAGCCAAAGAAGUAGCUGUCAGGUCUGGGAGCGACCCCACUGUAUACAGUGCAUCAACCUUGCAAACAGGAAUGACUCUCACUGUUGGGCAACAGCUAAGUAAAACUUCCACCAUGAAGGACAAAAAGAAGUACAAGCCAGCUGUGGCUUCCAUGGCAAUUGAAAACGAUUAUCCCAGAGUGGAAGAAGAAAAUAGUAGCAAGAAUCACUCAGCAUUGGAUGUUUCUGUUGUACAUUCACAAGGAAGAGAAAAUGGGAUUUCAGAGAUGAAAUGCUCCGCUCGUGACUUAGGUGAUUCUGAGUCUACAGCAACAACAGGCAAAAAAGAUGUGGAUGGAGAUGUCUCUCAGAAAAAUGUGCGACGGUUAACAAAGGUCAGAAAGAAACUGACUGACGGAAAAGUCAAAGUUAGCGUGGCAAGUCUGACAAAGACAUCAAAAGACCCUUCAAAUGUGUUACACUGCCAAGAGCUUCGCACUUCUGAAGUCUGCCCAGUUCAAAUGGAAAGAGGUUCUUUAGAUUCAGCUGCAGAAAUUCACAGGCCAGGAAGAAAUGUUUCAACUCAAAGGAAGCAGGAUAUGGCAAAUGCUCCAAAACAGAUUGGUUUAUUUCAUGGAGAAGGAAGAGAGAAAAGUGGUCCAAGGGCAGGAAAAUGUAUUCGAUGUCUAUCAGAAGAUAACCAGGCGCCAGAUGAAAAUGCAACACUUAUGAUAGAACAGCAAGAAACUGACAUUGAAAAUACUACUCCAAUCAGCAGUGAUCUGAAACUGUUUAUAACAGAGCCUGCAUUACAUGAAAGGUCUGUUUUCACAUCUUCUCCAGUAAUAAGUGAUUCUGCAGAUGGUAAAAAUGUGGCUUUGGAAAAAGCUGACAGCAUAAAUAGAUUUCAUGUGGACAGGGCAGGGUUGGUGAACAAUGCAGGCCUUUAUGUAUCCAAUGGAAAAUGUGGCAGUGAUGAACAGGAGCCAUGCUGGGAUCAAACCCUUCAUACUGCAAUCACAGAUGAUGUGGCCAUUCAUGACAUUGUGCCAGAUGACUUGAGUCACUUCAAUGCAGCUUCCAGGCAAGGAGCCAUAUGUGAUAUUCCAAUUCCUAUGGCCAUGGCUGACAUGCAGAUGGAAAGAGGAAAGGCAUAUGAAGUCAACAAGGUAAAAACAGUCCAUGGCACUCUGUGUGCUGAAGAUCCAUGCAAAGGAAAUUUCCAGAGCCCUUUGGAAUCUCCAGAACCUAAGGUUAGAGAUGAUGAUUUAUCACUGAUGCAUGAGCAGUUACAGAAACUUCUUUAUGAGGAAGAGGACUGGGCCUAUGACUUCCCUUGCGCAAGUGGUCAAGUUAUAGCAGCUGGGACUGACACUGCCAAGGAGGUCAGGGAAUGGAACAUAACUGACGAUGUAAAUGCUGAGCAACGUGUGCCAAGAAAUUUAACAGAAGAUAAUCAGCCUGUCAGAGAAUUGGCAUCAUACAGUGAUUUGAACAGCCUUCUAAAAACAGAUAGAGGAUGUAGCUGUGCAUCCACAAACAACAGUACUCUUAUGCUACCUGUAGAAAUAGAUGACAUACCUCUGUGCUCUGACUUGGGACUUAAAAUAGAAAAAACACCCGAUCAUCUUCUAAGUAGUAUUCUCCAAAAGGAAAAGUACCUGAAAGAUAAGCACAGUGGAACAGAGUCUGAUCAUGAUGGAUUUUUUGAGAUGGCUGCUCAUCCAGGAGAAAAGAUUUCAUCUACUAAUGCUUUCCAUUCUUUUAGAACAGAAUCUUCUUUCAGAUUUACAGAAACCCCAGACUUUCAUUUAGAUUAUGGCCAAGAAAUUUUAUCAGAUGUACCUGCUGAUCGUCUUGGCCAGUUGUCUUCUUCUGAACAGUGUGCUCAUUCUACAGAUGGUCCCACAGACAAGCAGGUUGAUGAUAUUCCUGAAAAAGAGUCUCACGUUGCACCAUGCCAGUCAAGCAAAAAAGAGUGUGCUCAACUUUCUGAGCUUUUACUGAAAGAGGAUUCAUUCAUUAAUUUAUCUGGCAAAAAUAUGGAUCAAUUUACAAGUGAAGAACACUCCUCAGUUACAGUGGUCAAUAAAAGUGCUGAAGAGGAAUUUCAGGAGAAAGAAACUGAAUCAGAACUGAAUGUACAAAUUGACAGUAAUUAUGGUAUUUACCGUGGUUUAACUGAUAAUAAUAAUCAUAAUGUUCAGGCUGUGCCUGAUGCCUGGAAUUAUAGCUAUCACACACAAGACCACAAUUCAGUUAUAGCCUCUGAGCCUAUUGCUGCAUGGGAUAGGCCAGAGGAUACUGGCCAAGAUAACAAAAGAACAGAGCAAAGCAAAGAGGAACCAAUAUUCACAGCAUCAUAUAAGGUUAGAUUUUUCACUGAAGUUCUGUUAGAAAUAAAUAAAAGUGAUAAAAGCAAUAUCAGCCAGAAACACAGAGAGUUUAAGGAAAGCAGAGGACAAACUGCCAUAGAGUCCAAAAAUGAGAUGCCACAGUCAGAUUUUCAAACAAGAAUAUCAGGGGAAACAUCUAGCACUGAUAGUCACAUUUGUGAGAGGACUAAAGAAUUAGGAUUAGAUUCUGCAUGCUUUCCAUCUCAGUCUUGCAAGCCAGAUGUUUUAAACAGUGAUGCAUCUUCAAGUAUUGUCAGAAAUGAUUAUGGCAGUACAGGACAGGACAAUCAAAAUGCUAGCAAUGUAAUCAUUUGUACACAGGAUGAGAAUAAAGAAAAUGUAUAUGAAGGUGGUAGUCCAAAUGGACUGGUGAUAGCUGAAAGCCAGGUGCAAGUUGAGCUUCUAAAGAGUGAAGUUAAGAAGGAUAACGACACAAAGACACCUCAACUGUCACAGAAUCAGUACCAAAUAGCAGAAGAAAGUGAGAUUCAAAUAAUCCAUCAUGAGUGUGAAGAAGGAGAAAUAGAACCUUAUAUGCUGGCUUUAAUUGAUUCAGAACAGAUAUAUUUUUGGCAUGGUAGCAGUGAAACACAGCAGAAAGAGUGCCAAAAGAUGGAAAGAGAAAGUCAGGCUGAAAUAAUCUUUUGUGAAAGGCAUGACAGGGAAAGUGAAGAAUCCACUGAGUGUAACUUAGAGGAUAUUGAAGUGGAGCCAUACAUGAGGGCACUCCUUAAUUCAGAACAGAUAUAUUCUUGGCAUGAUAGCACAAACUCUGUGCAUCCAUUCAUGGCCCCUGGCAGUGAGCAAACUGAUGCGUCUGUCAGGGGAUUAGCAGGAGGAUGUGUAAUUACAUCUACAGGCCCCAAUCAAACUGAAGCAUUCAGAGACAGUGAGAGACAAAACCUAAAUUCAUCAGAGCAUGCAACUGGAAAGUUAGGCAGUACCUUGCCUUCUACCACUAAGAACAGAUGUCAUUCUGAAGAAGAGCCGGCACAGGUCAAAACUCAGUCAUACACUUCAGAAGAAACAGCAGAUUAUCUAUGUGCACUGAAAAAAGAGAAGACAAAGUUGCAGGAGGCAUCCAAACUCUGCCAGUCACCCUCCUCUCACAACAGUGUUGAAGACGUGAAGCGUAAGCAGGAAACAGUCAAGAAAAAGGUAAUGCCUAAGGUACAAAUCAAGAAGCAGCGUCUGGAAGCAAAAGAAAAUGUCUAUAACAAUACCAGCUGCAUUAAAAAACCCUCAAAAGCUGAGACAGAUUUCACUCACAAGGAAGAUAACAGAGAAGUACGGAAACUGCCUUGCAAAAAGGACAACAAAGCCCCCAAACUGCUGAAGAAAAUCCAAGCAGAACUGUUUCCCGAUUUCUCUGGAAAUAUCAAAUUAUGCUGCCAAUUUGGUGACAUCCAUGAAGACUCCACCAUUACAUGGAUGAAAGAUGCUAAGCUGCUUGCUCGAGUGCACAGAAGUGUAGGAGAUGACUUUCCAGUAUCUUUGGCAAUAGUUCAAGCUGGGAAAAAAGACCAAGGACUGUAUCAUUGCUGCUUGAAGAAUACAUAUGGAAAAGCCACUGCAGAAUUUAACUUGACUACUGAAGUAUUAGAACAUCUUUCUAGUUUUCAAGAUGUUGAAGGCUUGGAAGAUAUUGAAUUCCUCCAACUUAUAUUCAGAGAAGACUUCAUCUGCGAUAGUUAUUUGAGUAAAAGCUUGCAUGGGAGGAUUACGACAGAAGAGUUACAUUUUGGGGAAGGAGUCCACCGAAAGGCCUUCCGAAGCAAAGUCAUGCAAGGCUUGGUGCCUGUGUUCAGCCCCGGUCAUCCCUGUGUUCUUAAAGUGCACAAUGCCAUUGCCUAUGGGACCAAGAACAAUGAUGAACUUGUGAAAAAGAAUUACAAGUUAGCAUUGCAGGAAUGCUAUGUUCAGAACACAGCAAGGGAGUAUGCCAAGAUAUAUGCCGCUGAAACAAAACCACUAGAAGGCUUUGGAGAAGUGCCUGAGAUCAUUCCUAUUUUCCUAAUUCAUCGUCCCAAGAAUAAUAUCCCUUAUGCAACAGUGGAAGAAGAGUUGAUUGGAGAAUUUGUGAAAUAUUCUAUUAGGGAUGGUAAAGAAAUAAACUUCAUGAGAAGAGACUCAGAAGCCGGCCAGAAGUGCUGCACGUUUCAGCACUGGGUAUAUGAAAAAACCAAUGGUAGCUUGCUUGUAACAGAUAUGCAAGGUGUAGGAAUGAAACUGACUGACGUUGGCAUAGCAACACUAGCCAAAGGGUACAAAGGUUUCAAAGGCAAUUGCUCCAUCUCAUUUAUUGACCAGUUUAAGGCCCUCCACCAGUGUAAUAAAUACUGUGAGAUGCUCGGACUGAAACCUCUUCAAACCAGCUCUCAGAAACAGAGGAAGCUCUCGGUCUCUAAAACCAAGUCACCGCCAAGCUCAAGUUCUAUAAAAAAGACGGUGGUGAAUGUACCGGCGGCCAAGAAAACAUAGGUGUUUGGGCUCCCUUCCAAGAGAAACAUCAUCUGUGCAAUAUGACCGCUCUGGAAAUGUACAUUGUAUUUUUCAGAACAGAACAUUCUGGCAGUAGCAUGCCAUCUGAGCGUUCAGCCAUUUUAUUCAAGUAACUAUAAGGGCUACAAAGUGGCAGCGUGCAGAGACUGAAACCAGCUAUGUCUGCAUAUUUGUAAAGGCCAGCACCCCAAUAUCAAGUACAGUAAUGUAUGCAGACUAUUAAGAGUGGUAGUAUAGUUGGGGUUGCUUGUACAUUUUGUUCUUCGACAGUUGUGUUCAACUUGGACCUUCAGGGAAAAUUCCCUUGUAGACUUCCCCCCCUCCAUAUAAUUCAAUUGCUAACGAAGUAUAGAUAUAGGGGCGGAAUAUGUGUGAGCCUGAUCCAUCAGCAUCUUUAUUCAAAUGGAAAAGGCAACAACCGCUAUUGUUAGAUCUUUCUGAAUGCUUACUUCACAAAUUGACAUAAAAGAUGGCAGAUGCAACAAGUGAUUGAUGGACUGACCUGUGGACCUUAAUUUAAUUUGUAUUUGCACUGGUAUUCAAUAUUGACAGUAAUGUCAAAUGUAUGAUUAUAGUAUUUAAAACACACAGUGGGAUUCACCAGGUAAUCUGUGGGCUGCAUGGAGCUCAUGAGCACAAUACUUUUAUUUGUGGCUCUCUAUCCCCUGAUCUUUCCCCUAAUUCCAGCCUUAGAGGAUCCUUUACUCACCAACUUUUGUGCAGCAGUAUAAAAGCUCAUACUCUCAAUAGUAGUUGUCAUAUCCUCCAACAUUUCACUGAUGGAAACUGGGACAUAGGUGGCCAAGCAACAUAACAGUGUGGUCAAGAUGGCAAAAGUUAUUAAUGAGGAAGAACAUGCAAGCCUUGAGAGUGUACAGUAGUUUGCCUUUGAUUGAACCUACUGGGAAGAGCAAUACUUCACCAAUGCCUCUCCUCUCCCCUCACUGAGUUACCUGAGUGCAAACUACUUUUGCACUUUUAAUUCAGUUUGUAGCAACUGAAGUAAGCCAAGGAUAAAGAGGGAAAGUGGGAAGAGCAGAAAGAAACUGGGACAUUUUAAAAGCAGUUGAAAAGGUGGGAUAACAGAGGAUUAGUCAGGACUGUCCCUGCCACUUGGGACUGUUGGAGGAUAUGAGUUGGUAUGCAAGUGUGGGACAAAGAAAGACAGAGAGGUGUACAUUUGCUGUGCAUGGAUGAAGAUGUAGUUGACUUUGGCAGCAGAAAAUAUUUUGAUGGAGCAGUGUAAUAGGAGUAUGCAGUAAUAUGGAGAUGUGCAGCAAAAGAAAUCUGACCCUUGCUAGAUCCCAUUUUUGUCCAGUACUGUAUUUCACAGUGGCCAGCACAUCUUUACUAAUGAGUUUUGAAAACUGUGUUUUUAUUAUAAAUAUUUUUUUUUAAAUAUCUGCCUUUAUUUUGUGUUUUAAUUGCAUUUUUAUGUUUAGUCUUAUUGUGAGCUGCCUUGACUCCCAUUUUCAGGAGAAAGGUGAAAAAUAAAUCUGAUUUUAAAAAGUAAAUAAAUGUAAGGCAAGAAGGCAACCAUCUUCACUUACUAUUCCAUCCCCACAACCUGAAAAUAAUAUUUUGUGCUAUGGUGUCUUUUAAAUGUGGGAGUUCUUUCUAAGCUUUGAAAGAAUGUUGGUUGAUUCUCUGUCCAAGAUAGACCCAGAGUCACAUUUUUGGACCCCACAAUCCUAUAAUCUUCCACUCCCCAUGCUAGCAAUGGGUUGCAGGAGUUGUAGUCCAAAAGACAGGAUGUAUGUGAGCAGGCUGCGCAUUCAUACAUGAGUGCUCAAAAUCUGACAAUUUUCUGAUUACGUUUCAUAAUACUAUGUUCUACAGGAGUAGCUCAUUUAAUUAUGCCUGUAACCCUGUUAGGCAUACAUUUUACAUCUCAAUUGUUUCCAGGUCAAAACUGCUGAACUAUAAUAAUGGUGUUCUUUCCUUAUUAUUUUCAGAGUACUAAUUGUCCCUAUUAUAUGCAUAAGCCAUACAUCACCCCCAAUUAAAUUCCUGUUGAAAUAGGACGUAGUGUGACAUUGUUGAUAACUGAGCUGUGCAAGAGAGAACCAACUGUUUCUAGUUUUUUGCCCCAUGAUGAUUCUGAAUUCAACACUGUCAGUGAUUUUCAUAUUUUUAGCAGUUACUUCCUCUUUACACCUGGAUAUUGUUACAAGGAAGCUUUUCACUUCUUGAAAGUACUGGGUAUGUCACAUUGUUGAAUACGUGCCAAAUGGGGCUGGAGACAGAUCAUAGUUUUAAGAGAUUGAGUUGUAUACAGCAUAUACCCCAAUAUAUGUGAACAUUUCAUAAUGACCAGGGGAGCUCAGACCUGGUGGUGAUGUCCUCAACACUUCCUAGAUAUCAUUUUGAACAUCUUGACGUGACUUUAUUCCCCACAAUGAUCCCUGGAGGAUCCUGAGGGCCACAAAAUGGUUCUGGGGAUGCAUGCGGCCCACUGACUGCACUUUGCCCAACCCUGCUGUAGAACAACCAUAAUGUUAGAAAAGAGUGUAAGAUUUUGAGUUCUCCCAUUGGAGCUUUGUUUAUAGAAGGGGUUGGAAUCGUGUCACAGCUUCCAACUUUCCCAAUUUUGAAGGGGCAGUCUUGAUUAAUCCUCUGUCAUCCCAUUUUUCAGCUGGUUUUAAAAUGUUCCAGUUUCUCUCUCUUCCUCCCACGUUCCCUGUUUGUCCUUGGCUUACUUCCA